AUGGCCGGCGCGGCGUCGGGCCAGAGCGACUGCCGGGGCAAGGUGGGCGGCUACGCCUACGACCUCACCCCGCUCGCGCAGAAGCUUGGCGCUGUGGACCUCCAGACGCAGGAUACACGCAGCCAGAACUACUACUACCGCGUGUGCGGCGUGGUGAGCAACAACUUCUGCCAGACCGUGGACGACAUGACGCCCGCCGUGUGCCAGAAGGACUCGCGCAUCCCUGCGGAGUUCCACGACCUUGGGAACCAGAAGACGGCCACCUUCAGUUCGUUGCCGAACCGCCCCGACGACGCCGGCUUCACACUCUCCUACUCCGGCGGGCAAGACGGCCGCGCUUCCAAGAUCGAUUUCGUGUGCGACCCGAGCAAGGACCCUGGCGAGUUCUCCUUCCUCCAGGAAGACCCCAUCAAGACCUACGACCUCCAGUACGUGUCCAACCCGAGCCUGAGCCCGAACCCGGUGCCGCCGUGCAUGGGCAGCGCGUGCUGCCUCUACCAGUUCGGCUCCGACCCGACCAUGACCCGGACCCUGUGUGCCCCCCAGUGCCAGCCGUCCUUCGGCGGCUUCACACUGAUCUUCAACUGGACCAUGUCGCCGUGCACCAGCGACACCUGCUUCUUCCACAAGAAGAAGUAA